AUGUCAUUUUACUCACUUUGGUAUAAACAGACAAUUAAUGGAGUUGCUCCAUCAUCGAGCGCUACGUCCUCGCAAACAGAUUUAACGGUCGCUCAAGUAACCGUCUGCUCAAUAAAAGAUAAAUUGGUAUACAACAUAGACAUCGUGGCCGCCAACUUUAGAAAUCACGGAAGGAAUCAUUCAAGAAUCCACAGCAGACAAGUUAGUUCUGAAUCUUUGUCGGAAGUUUCCAUGUGGGAUGAUUGGAUCGUUAAAUACAUAAACGAAGACAACAAAAAGACCAUCAUGGCAGAGGACUCCCCAAUGGAAGAAUGG